UAUCAUCUCAGUUCCAUUGAAAGGUUUGAUCCUCGAGAACACUCAUGGAGGAGGAUAGGAAGUAUGAACACAAGGAGGGGAUGCCAUUCUUUGACCAUGUUGAAUGAAAAAUUAUAUGCUUUGGGUGGUUUCAAUGGUUCUAAUAUGGUCUCAACUAUUGAGAUAUUUGAUCCCCGUCUUGGUUCAUGGAUGAUGGGUGAACCCAUGAAUGAUCCUAGGGGAUAUUCUGGAGCUGUCGUUAUUGGAGAGAAAAUCUAUGUCAUCGGUGGGGUGAUGGAUGGUAGUGAGAUAUUGAGCACGAUUGAAUGUUAUAAAGAGGGUUGUGGUUGGGAGCUGACCAACAUGAAAGCUGUCGGGAAAAGAUGUUUCUUCUCUGCAGUUGUCUUGUGAGUAAUGUUCACGAAUGGAAUAUUUCAUGAUGACGCAUUUUAGUCAUACACUAUAAAAAAGAGAAACUUGUGGGAUUCGAGGUCUAUGUAAAUGCUGUUAGGUCUCCUACUU